CGUCCAUUCGAUGUCCUCAUCUUGUUGUCAUUCGAAGACUUAGCCUCCAUCCGGCCAUCUCGUCGCUUCCACACCACACCUCCACCUCCAUCUUUUUUCCCAUCUGGCCAUCUCCAGCUCCUCCUUUCAUGGCCCCUCCAAUUCUCCCACACACCGCUCCCAUACCCUCCCCUCCCCCCAGCUCCGUGAAAGAGCUCACCAACUCCACAUCCCUUGGCUCCGUUCCCCCCCAGUAUGCCAUCCGAAACCCCGAGACCACCAUGGACAUCGAACCCAUCAUCGAAGAAGAAAUCCCAACCGUUGACUUCUCUCUGCUGACCGAAGGAACACCUGAGCAAAGGUCUCAGGUGGUUCGCCACCUCGGCAAGGCUUGUGAGGACUGGGGCUUCUUCAUGGUCGUGAACCAUGGUAUACCGGAGAGACUAAGGGAGGCGAUGCUGAUCUCGAUGAAGGAAUUCUUUGAUCAGACGGAGGAGGAGAAGGGAGAGUACACUGGCAAGCAUGUGAUGGAUCCCAUCAGGUAUGGGACUAGUUUCAAUUUAACGGUGGAUGAUGUCAGGUACUGGAGGGACUAUCUGAAAGUUUUUGUGCACCCGAUUUUGUAUUCACCCGCUAAGCCUCCAAGUUUCAGGGAGAUAUCAAAGGAGUACGCUGCGUCCACUAGAGCAAUGGGAAUGGAACUUCUGAGAGGAAUAUGGGAGAGCUUGGGAUUAGAGGAGAAUGACAUGACCAAGGCCUUGGACCUCCAUUCCUGUUACCAGGUUCUCGUGGGCAAUAUAUACCCUCCGUGCCCACAACCCGAGCUGGCCAUCGGCCUCCCCGCUCACUCGGACCAUGGCCUUCUCACCAUCCUCCUGCAGAACGGCGUCAACGGACUCCAAGUGAAGCGGAGAGGCAGCUGGGUCCGUGUCGAACCCCUCCCUAACUCGUUCCUCGUCAACACUGGCGAUCAAAUGGAGGUCGUCAGCAAUGGAAGGUAUAAGAGUGUGCUGCACCGGGCUGAGGUGAAUAGCCAAAGCACGAGGAUGUCGAUAGCAACCGUGGUGGCACCAUCGCUUGAUACGAUUGUCGAGCCAGCCUCUCAGCUGGUGGGCGAUGAGCACCCGAUGAUGUUUCGAGGCAUGCGGUAUGGAGAGUACUUGGAGUGUCAGCAGGCCACCCGGCUCAAGGCCAAGUCUGCGCUGGAUCCUGUAAGACUGCAUGCCGAGUAGCAUCACCCUUCUCUGACAUGUCAAAGUGUUUCACCUGAGUAUUAGAACUGGUUCUUUCUGUACUAGCGCGACGUUAGUACUCUAUUAUUAUAGUAUAGUAUGAGAUCUUUCAGUAUUAUGUAUGCUAUUUGUAUCAGAGAUAGAUACAGUUAUACCAUCCGAUUUGGAAUUAUGCUAUCUGAUUUGAACUGAUACAAUAAAUUAGAUAGCAUAAUCGGCCGGUUUGGAUCGGUAUGGUAAAUAAGGUAGCACCAAGAAAGAACUCAAAUAUCCACCCUAUAUAAAAAUAUCGUAUGUGCUAUCUUUGUUGGCUUUUGCUAAAGCAAAGCUUGUAUGAUAUUGAAUGAAUAUUGUAUGUAGUUAAAAAGAAAGGCCUUAUCGUCA